UUACACUAAAUUUGGUUGGAUAACUUUGGUUGGAUUGGUUUGUUGUAUUGAGCAGCUGCUGGUUGAAGAUUGUCUGUACUAAAUUAAAUUUAGAUAGUUUGUAGCUUGUCAUAAUAUAAUGGUUACUAUCGUCUGUCUUCUUAAUUUUAAAUACAUUGUAGAUAUUCACGUUAUCGAUAAUAUCGUAACGUACGAAGUAAGAUUGGGUAAUAUAAUUUUGGAAGACAGAGAGUUUAUUGUGUGACUAGUGUGUGGAAAGAAAAUUCGCUUCUGGAUGUUUUAACUUCAUCGGUUAUCAGAUUUAAUCAGCCAACCAUCGUAGACGUGCUUAUAAGUGCAAUACAUUACAUAAAGUGUGUUAUUGGUUGGUUUAAUUUCUGACUUUGUAAUAGUCAUUGCUAUUUCGUGCGUAGGUACAUACUUUACCUAUUGAAUACUAUUGUUCAAAAUGUGUGGAGGAUUUACUUGUUCCAAAAAUGCUCUCAUUGCAUUAAAUGUCCUCUAUGUGGCAGUGGCAUCAAUAUUGAUAACAGUAGCUGUGUAUGGCCAAGCUUCAUCUUUGCUGGGUAAUCUUCCCAUAGUGGGAGGCAUACUGGCUUGUGGAAUAUUUCUCAUCCUGAUAUCAUUGUUAGGCCUCGCUGGUGCUGUGAAACAUCAUCAAGUUAUGCUGUUUUUUUAUAUGGUGAUUUUGUUCAUGUUGUUCCUAGUGCAGUUUUCAGUAGCGUGUGCUUGCCUCGCUGUAAACUCUGACCAGCAGGAAAUGCUUGCCCAACAGGGCUGGAAUCAAGUGAACAUGGAUGUAAGGAAACAAGUUCAGGAACGUUUUGAAUGUUGCAGUUUCCAGGGGCGUACAACAAACACUACUGCAAUUGAUUACCCAUCUUGUGAUAUUGUUGAUAGAUUAUGUUGCAAAGGCUCAGUUUCUCCGGAGUGUCAAUGCGAGCCGUGCAUGGAGCGCCUGCAAGAGACCAUCGAUUAUGCCUUCAAACUGUGCGGCGGAAUCGGCCUCUUCUUCAGCUUUACAGAGUUUCUUGGUGUGUGGUUGACCGUAAGAUAUCGUAAUCAAAAGGACCCACGGGCUAACCCCAGUGCAUUUCUGUGAAUUAACUGACGAUUGGACUCAGCAUUUUAACACCUAAGUUAUUCGCUGUGUGGCUCGCUCGACGAUACCGCAACCAACCGGACCCCAAUUAUAAGGAACCUCAUGCUAUCUUCCCUAGAAAAAACUAUCUAUACUGAAUUAUUCUUAAAUACUUAGUUAAUUAGUUGCUCAUGAAUUUGACUGUUUAAAUUAUAUAUAGAGGCUAAGAAAACAUGUGACAUCUUGUCAGAAAAUUUGGGAAUAAGGUAAAAAAUAUUUUGAUUGAAUUUUCAAAUAUUAUAGUUGAGAUUCAGACCUUUUGUGCAUUUGAACCGGUACGGUUAUUGAAAUAGGCACUCAUAAAUAUUUCAGUAUUGUUAUUAAUAUUGGCCUAUCCUAAUAUUUGUCUAUAUGUUACUAAUAUAAUUUGAAUUGCUGCAUGUGUUAAAAUUUUCGGAGCGUAAAGACUUUCAAAGGUAGGUAUAUUACAUUGUAACUACUAUUAUGUUUUAAUUAGAUGGUAAAUUUCUGUGUGAAAUCGUGCCGAAAUUUCCUCUAUUAGAAGUAUUUUGCAAACAUAUCUGUUUGUAUUGUCCCUCGUGACGUAAAAAUUUGCAAUGUUGCAGUGACAAAAGAACUCUUGAAGAUUGAACACAGUCAGUUAUAAAGGUUGUAUUCUGUGAGGAAUAAGGUAGACAUGCCUUUAAUUAUAUAACGGAGAAACGGAGAAUAAGUAAUGAAAAACAAAAAAUAAGUGUGCUGAUUUAUUAUUUUUUAAUUUAAAAAACCAGUUAAAUAUUUUUGCAUUUAGCUAAAUUGUAAUUAGAAUUUUUAGCUUAGCCUUUGCCUAUGUGUUCAAACUAUUGUCAUGACUAUAUUAUUUUACAUUACAAAUGUUGGGAUUGGUAAUAUUUUGUUUUCACUCUAUAAUUUAAAUUUAAAUACACAAAUGCGAAAAAAAUGUAUAUUUUUUCGCUUAAAUUUUAUGAAUUCAAUGUAACAAUUACGAAUAUAACUGAUUUUAUUUUUAGAUUUUGAUUUUAUCCGUAAGUUGUACAUUAAAUACACUAGUCAAUAGUAUAAUUUUUGAGCGAGAUUGUUGACUAGCAUACUUAUCUACAUUAGUUUUAGGGUUAGUUUACGAAACGCUCUAGGAACCACCAUUAUAUAUAUUUUUUAAUAUCUUACCUUUAAAUCGAUUUUACGUCUAAUGUUUUAUUGUAAAGAUUUUUUUGGACUAUUUCUGAAUCUUGAUAAACAAAGUUUUAUUUCUUACAAACUUAAAAAUCCAUUGUUUUCCAAGAAUGAUAUGUAAUCUUAUCAUGAGCAGACAUAAAAAUAAACUACAAAAUUGAAUAGUGUUUUGUCGAAUAUAAAUAGUUUUCAUAUUUAUACCCUGUUUGCUUAGGUAGGUAUCUAAAAACUACACAAUUUUAACCCGAACGUAUUUUAAUGAAAUACACUUUUAAAAUUAGGGUGUGCACAAUACAAACAAUGUAUGUGAUCCAUAAUUUACAUUUGGCAUAAUUUGUAAUGUGCAGGCAUCGUAAUGGCAACAAUAUUGGUUGUUAAGUGCAUAUUUCUAUAAAAAUACAUGUCAAGAUUGUGUACAUUUCGAAUAUCUCGAUAAAUUUGGUGUAGAGUUUGUCUAAGUUGAGAUGAUGCGCUGUGUACACACAAAAAAUCUGCAUGUAGGUACUUACUAUAUUUUGCAUGAGUAGCGCGCGUCAUUUCAAUAAUUGGCCAAGCUUGUACUCUAGUCUUACUUUGAAAUUAUUUGCUAGAUCUAUCGCCAGAUUGGCUGGAGAAUGUUUUGAUAAAAAUGGUUUGUGUGAAUUGUGUGGUUGUGUGUUAUUUAUGAUGUUCUCUAUCGAAUAUAAUUUUGUCAUGUGAUGUGUAUGUAUGUUAUAAGAAGUCUGAGUCUCUAUCUCCGCUUUCUUCUAUAAUAGGUACAGUUUCCUUUGGCAUCUCGGCUGUUCAAAACCUAUUAUAGUAACUCAUUCUAUAAGAAUUGGUUUUUCAAUUCUUUUUUCACUUUACUAGGAUUUGGUGAGUAAAAAAGAGGUUAAAAAAUGAGUUACUAGGUUUUGAUUUUGAACAACCGCACCGAUAAAAUUUUUUAUAAUUAUUGUGUGAGUUUAUAACAACACACAACAAAAUUGCUAAAAUAAUAGCACAUUUACCCACUGUAACUUUUAUUAUUUUUGUCUGCUAUGCAUAUAUUUUAGAACUAUUGUAAAAAAUAAUAGGGUAGGUGACAAUUUUUAUUUUGAUGACUUUUCGAAGGCCCUUAUAUCAACCAGUGAAAAAAUACUAUUAUAAUGAUAAUACUUUUAAAGAUGACAAAAAUAAAAUCACAUAUUUUUGGACUCUUCCAAACGCUUCAUGAUAAAUGAUACUCUAACGUGACGUCACGAUUGAGCGAAAAAAGCUAUGUUUGUUUGACAGCUACCUUAAUUAUUGCGUUUAUGCCGACGACUUCUUAAUUAAAGUUGUUUAUUAUUAUAAUUUUAUUAUUUUUUUACUUUCCAACCAACUUAAAAUGUUCGUUCGUAUAAUGAUCCAGUUGCAUUAUUACACCUAUGAAUUAUCACAAUGAUCUCAGUUAUAUAUUAAUUUUAUCUAGAGCAUACAUGUUAUUUACUUUUUCUGACCUUGUCAUCUACCCUCUUGUCUAUUUGUCAAUAAAGUCUCAAGCCACAUUCUAUUCGCGAGGAACUGGUUCAGUAGCAAAGUGAUAUAAUUGUAUGCUAAUGAUGAAGGUGAAUUUUAUUACUCAUCAAGUUAUUGGAAUAUAUUUUAUAUAAGUUUAUUCCACUAAAAAUUUCCGAAAAAUGCACAAUGUACAAAUUUGACCCUUCAGUUUUAUUAUAUUAUGUAUUGAUAGCGAAUAAAUGAUUUCAAAAUAUAUUAUGUAUUUGCUCCUUCGAAGUCGCUUCAAAUUCCAAAUAUCUCCUAAGAAUAGAGAUCACAAUUUAGAAAAUAUAAUAGGUUUUUAGUCUAACAUUUAGGUAUAUCUGGUGAAAUAUUUAGGCACACAGUACAAGCCAUAUACAAAAUGUGGCUUGUAUGUGUAACUAAAUUGAAAUUAAAGUACAUUAUCCUAACCUUAUUCUCCUUUACCAAUUUGUAUUCCAACUAUAAAAUAAAUCCAAUAUAUUUUUAAAUUUUAGUCACGAAAUUGAUCAAGUAAUUAAAAAGUACUAACGAAUGGGCGAUAUAAGGCUUUAAUAAUUAUCUUUUAAAAAAAUAUUUCUUGUAGGUAUGUAAUUGCAUUGAAGUGCAAAUCUAGUAAAAUCUAUUUUUAUAUACUUUAGUAAAUAUAUUAGUUACCUCUUUGUUAAAAAGCAUGAUUGUGUUCAUUUCAUAUUUAUAAACAAAUCAUUUGGGUAAAUGUCGAAGUAAAUUAAAGUCAUAAUUUAAACUUAAUAAUUAUUAUACUUAUCUACCUAGUACCUGCGGUUUUCUCCAAUUGAGACCAGUGUACGUUUUAAGACAUGUUACUUGUACCUCUAUGUAUGUAAUUUAAAAUAAAGUGUGUAAGCAUA